AUGAAUCUGCCUUUUAAUAAAUGGUCUUUAAACUUUUAGCACUAAGAAUAAGAAGAUCUCUACUAAUAAUAUAUUAAUUAAUAUAGACUCAAUAAUUUUAAAAUCUUUACUCUUUUAGUUUGUGUUUUAUGUUUACUAUUUUUGAUGGUAUUUCUGAUUGAAAAUCAAUCCCAGAUGAUAAUUAUUAUGAUAUCAGCUGUUGUUGGAUCACUCUUUCUUCUAUAUAUGCUAAGCCAUAGAUUAAAUCCUUAUUUAAUCUAUAUCAAUUUCCUUCUCUUAUUAUGGCACAUAGCAACCAGUUUAGCAAUUUCAAAAAGUGGAAUGAAAAUGUAUAGAAAUUAAACUAUUAUAUAGCCCCCAAUAUAUGUAUGGUUUUAGCACAUCCACCUUGGCUUUGCCAAUGUUAUAAUAUAGUCAUUUUAAAUUAAAAAUGUCAGCUAUUUUAUUUAUUCCAGCCGUGUAGAUGGGUGUACUUGGAAUUUAUUCAAUUGACAACUUAGAGUUUAUAUUCUUAGCUUUUUUUGCACAAAUUUUAUUGGCUGUAUAAGCUCAUAAUAAUGAAUACAUGAGAAGACUAGCUUUCUCUUUGGAAUAGAUUAACAUUAAAUAAAAGUAUAAGUUUACCAUCUUAUAAUAGAGAAAUCAUCAAUCAAUAUGUAGAUUGCCCUUUUUUUGCGAUUAGCUUAAGUGAAAAUAGAUAAUUAUUUGAUCUAGAAUUUUCAAAUAAAGAAGCAUAAAGAGAAUAUCUUAUUAGCGAUUCUAGCUUUUUGAAAUAAUUUUUAAGAUUCAAAGUCUUAUUAGACAAUAAAUUAACAUCUGAAUUGGAUCAAUAAAAUCUAGGAUUGAAAGCUACAGAAGGAACUCUCAAGAAGCCAUUUAUUAAAAUGUAAUAAACUUUAGAAGAGUUUGCUUGUAAAAUAAUAAAAUGCAGGGAUAAUUUUUAAAUAACAGUUGAAGGAAUUCAUGUAAGUUAAAAUGAAUAAACCCUUUUGAGUAUUGAAAUAAAGAAAAUAUUUUUUGGAAAACCUAUUUUAUUGAUAUUAAUUAAGAAAAAAACAAUCUCUAAAAUAAUUGAAAAAUAUGAAUAAAAAAUUGUAUAUUACAAAACAAUUAUCCAUUAAAUAAUAAAGUAAAUUGCUGAAUCUCAUGAAUUAUUGUAUUAAAUUAUUAGAUGUGAUAAAUAAUAAGAUAUAUUAGAAAAAGUUUAAUGCAUUAAUAUAUUAACAUUAAAUAAAAUUAAAAAUAUUAUUGUACUUAUUAAUAGUGAUAAAAUCAAAACUUCUAAACUUGAAUUUGAAAUAAUCAAUUUUAAUUAAUACAUUCAAAAAUUAAGUUAUUUUUUAUCCAAAAUAGCCAAAUAAAAAAAUAGAAUAUUUGAAUUACAAAUUUCUAUUAAUGAAUUUAUGAAAAUUUCAACUCAAUAAAAUUACCUAACAUAGAUUAUUCUCAAUCUAUAUGAAUAAGCAUUAUAAUAAUCCAAAUAUAAUAGCCUAAUAAAAUUAUAGGUUUCUUAAUUGGAGUUUUUUGAUGAAAAAAACAAAUGUUUAUAAAAACAAAGAGAUCAUAAUAUCAACUUUUAAUAAGAAUAAUUCUUAAUAAAAUUUGAAAUGUCAUUUUAAAGUAAUAAGUAAUUUCAUUUGAUUCCUUUAUAAUAAUAAAUCUUAGAUCCAUAACUGCCAUAAGAUUAUUUACAUAAUAAUUCAAUAGAAUUUGAGAUUAAUCACCCUAUAUGUAAUUUAUUAUUAAGCUUAUUGGGUCCAUACAAUGAAGUUUUUCAAAGUUAACAUAUAAAAGCAAAAUCUUUAAAUGGAAUACUUUAUAGCAACUCCAUAAGUUUUUUUAUAUAUUCAGAUUAAUCUUAAAUUAAUCAAUCCUACUUGAAUUUUAUAAAUUAUGUUCAAUAAUAUUAUUGA